AUGUCGGACCCAAAGCGCACGCGUCUCUCCGGCGAUGCCAUGUUACUGCAAGAUAGUAGCAAUAGAGCCAUAACCGCGCCGCUGCACACCUGGUUCACUUCGCCCGCGCGAACGCACAACAACUUGGCGCAAGCGAAAGAGCUGCCCUUGCACCUGAUCCAGCUCAUCCUCACACACCUUGACGAUGUCGGUGACCUCGCUCGCAUCACGCGCACAUCGCGCCUCUUCUACUACAUGACGCUUCCGCGUCUCUACGAGACGGUCACGUUACACUCGUACGCCGAGAUACGAUACGUAGAUGGCAGGCCAGAAGGCUACGGCAAUGGCAGCCCUUUCGCCAUGGGCCUCAACACGCUCGUAUCGCGAAACUUUGGCGACUACAUACAGACAUUCCGGGUCAAAGGGGACUGGCGAGAGCAUGACACGGAAGAAUACAAGCAGGGUCGGGUGCCGGACAACAGCAUGAUACUGCAGGUGGUCAUGCGUGCCGCCAUUGACAAGAUGAAGAACCUCAAGGCUUUUGCUUGGGAGCUAAGCACUCCUCCCUUGUAUACAGUCUACCAGGGCAUCUCAGCCAGGACAUCGCUUGUCUCGCUCACCCUUCGAUGUCAGACCCGACGAAUACCACGGCCAACCACCAUCAUACCCCCGCUUCCGAAUCUGACCACACUGAUUGUGUACGACAUCGAUCCUCUCUGCUAUCCCGACGACAUAUCGCUGCUUCUGUUCGGUUCCAAGAAGCUCGAACACCUCACAUUACACUGGAGUCCACGUAUGCGCGCUGUCGGCGAAGAGUCGGUUUCGCUGCACUCCUUAUUCGGACGAUGCAUGUCUGCGAAGUACUCUUUGCCUCUUAAGCAUCUGGGACUAUACAACAUCUACACUCGCUUCUCUGACGACGGUUUCCACUAUGUUGUCCGCCCCGACACCCAUACAGAGCUCACCCUGAUCAACUCCAUGGGCUCCUCUGAUCCCAUGACCGUUUUUGCCGACGACUCUUGGAGGAUACACAGCAACCACCCGACGCCUCAGAACCUGAAGAUGUUGCGUACGGAUAACACGGAUAAAGAGAGUGCAGUCAUGCUAGGAAAGUUCAAAGGCAUGGAGCGUAUCUACAUCGUGAGCAAUAGGCGAGGCAAAGAUUCAUCAAAAUCUACCAGCGCUGCCGCAACCCCGACAACACCGUCCACUAUGACGCCCGGCUUCAACGGAGUUACUAGCGCAAGCAGCACUCCAAAACACACGAAUGACCAACGCUGUCGCAGCAUCGGGAGUGAGUUUAUCGCGGCCAUUCAAACCAAUCACAACCACAGCAUACGCCAUCUCCUUCUCUCGGAUCGUUGGGUACUAUCUGACGAUGCCCUGUUCAGGCUUUGCCAAACGUGCUCUAACCUUGAGCAACUUGGCGUAGCUUUCUCAGUCCCACCACUUGAGUCAUUGCGCCAGGUCUUUACCCUCGUGCCCAAGCUCUGGGCCGUGCGUUUUCUAUUCCGCUCAAGCCCAGACAUAAGCGAAGUCACAGAUGAAAGUACAGUCGCUGAGAUGCACGCCUUCGCGAUUGCAACAGAGUUUUGGAAGCCUGAAUAUAAGAAUAUCAAGUAUAUUGGCUACGGCGACAACAUCGUGCUCAAGUUAGGCGAUGUUUACUUCCCGUCAAAGAAGGAGCCGAUACCGAACGGUCAGGACAACAGCAUGAACGCGAGAAGAGCGGGCCCGAUAAGGAAAGUUGAAGUUGUGAAGAGGGAAGAUGUAAGUCACAUCGAAAUCUGGGGUAUGGACACCACAGAAUUCGAUCCCGCGCACCCUUGA